AUGGUGGACAACAAUGAACCAGUCCUUGUUAGCUUGCAGGAGUUGGAGACAGGAUCAAUCAAGCUUUCAACUCUGGAACAAGCAUUUGGUCCCACUGGUCUUGGAAUUUUGAUUGUCAAAGAACUUCCCUCGAACUUUCAAUCUCUUCGCCUCAAACUGCUCUCUUAUAUCUCCCACCUGUCAUUUCUACCGCCGGAUGAAUUAGAACAGCUCACAAAUGCCGAAUCGCACUACAAUGUCGGCUGGUCUCAUGGCAAAGAAGCCCUCAAGUCUGGUCAAUAUGACACAAUGAAAGGCUCCUAUUAUGUCGGGAUCCUGUCCUCAUAUCUCCAGGAACGCCUUUCGCGAAUUCCUUCGGACAUUCGUCCUACUCUUGAGACGCCAAAUAUAUGGCCAAGCGAGGAACUCCUUCCUGGUUUCCGUUCCACUUUUGAAGAACUCUGCACGCUGAUAAUGGAUAUCAUUCUCCUGGUUGCACGAGCUUGUGACAGGUUCGCGAUGGAACAUGUGCCGGAUUAUGCUUCUGGACUUCUUGAGCGGAUUUUGAGGGAGAGCAUGACCAGUCGAGCACGGCUUCUUCAUUAUUUUCCAUUAGACUCGCAAACGAAAAUUGCUCCAGCAGAUGAGAACGACGACUCAUGGUGCGCUCUGCAUGUUGACGAUGGCUGUCUGACGGGUCUAACAUCAGCCCUCUUUGUUAACGAGACUAACUUGGCGCACACGAUUCCCCUUACUCCCUUGAAAUCAGCAAAAUCAACCGAUCCCAAGGCUGGGCUUUACAUUCGUUCUAGGACUUGUGAAGUUGUCAAAGUUAGCAUACCUGCAGACUGCUUAGCGUUCCAAACCGGAUCUGCGCUUGAACUGAUUACUGGAGGCGCAUUGAAAGCUGUACCACAUUUCGUGAGAGGACCGAGUGGGUCGUCGACGAUGGAGAGAGUUGCGCGGAAUACGUUAGCGGUGUUUGCGCAGCCGAACCACGAGGUGAUUGUGGAUCAGGAGAGUGGAGUGACUUUUGGGGAACACACGAAGGAAGCAGAUGAGAGGCAUGCAUAA